CUUCCUCUGUUUCCUGUCAUUCGGUCAAAGGCGUCCCUCCACCAGGCUCUCUGAGCCUAAAGGUGUUUAGCCGAUGUGGGCAAAUUGGACAUGAAUCCUAUUUAUUUCAUUUGAUUUAUUUAUUUUAAUCGUUAUUUAGAGAGAGCGGGGUGAACGCGCUGUCGUAUCCCGGUGGUUGCCUGGUAACGCGCUGGCAGUGGGCGCCGUAGAGAGAUCUGUGUGGUGGGCGCUCCAUUAAAACCGUUGGCGCUCCUGACCUUGGCGUCGUGAAUGCGCAAAGCACGCAGGCUGUGCGAAGCAGCAGAUAAGAGCGAAGAUCCGUGUGUCUGAUAAUCCUAAACCAGGGGAGGAUAUUCUCUUCAGAUCUCCAUCCUCUCCUGCCUCUUGUCCUGCAAUCCUGACUGACUCGACUGGUAUGGAGGAAAAUGCUGGGAUGGAGCGCGUUUCAGCUGGUGUAGAAGCAGAUCUAUGCACAUUGACAUGAAAACAGGAAGCAGGGCCUAUCCAUUUCUGGCUGCAACUUGUUGGGAUUUGACAACCGUUGGAUUUAAAGACGAAUCGAGUGAUGCCUGUUUGACAGGGUCAGCGCAGAGGGUCUAAACAGACACUAGAUUGUGCAUUAGUGUUGUACACCGCCCUGUCCUGCCCAGACCAUGCUGGCUAUACUUGGAGGCCAUCUGUUGCCUGCAAACCUGUUAAAUCAGAGAGGACCUGCAGCCGUCGCUCGCUGCGCUCUCCUUUGGUGGAUGUUAUGUUCUUACUGCUCCCUGGCCAAAGCAACAACCCAGAAGUUCUACCCGACUGUGACCACCCAGUUUGGGAAGCUACGGGGCCUCAGGGUGCCUGUGCCCAGCGAGGUCCUCAGACCUGUCGAUCAGUAUCUCGGAGUCCCCUACGCCGCCCCGCCUGUUGGGGAAAAGCGCUUCAUGCCCCCCGACCAGCCAUCACCAUGGUCGGGCGUCAAGAACGCAACCCACUUCAUGCCUGUGUGCCCCCAGAACAUCCACAACACGGCGCCGGAGAUCAUGAUGCCCAUAUGGUUCACCUACAACCUGGACACCGUAGCCACCUACAUUCAGGAUCAGAGCGAGGACUGUUUGUAUCUAAACAUCUACACCCCGACGGAGGACGGGAGCCAGCACAAGAAAAGGGGGGCGGCUUUCGCAAACGCUGAGAUUCAUAUAUCUGAAGAUAUAAGGGAUUCGGAAGCCCGACCUGUGAUGGUUUACAUCCACGGAGGCUCCUAUAUGGAGGGCACUGGGAACAUGAUGGAUGGCAGCAUUCUGGCCAGUUAUGGGAACGUCGUCGUCGUCACGCUCAACUACAGGAUCGGAAUAUUAGGUUUCCUCAGCACUGGUGACCAAGCAGCAAAGGGAAACUAUGGCAUCCUGGAUCAGAUUCAGGCCCUGCGGUGGAUAAGUAAAAACAUUGGCUACUUCGGAGGAGAUCCGGGCCGCGUUACAGUCUUCGGAUCUGGGAUUGGAGCUUCGUGCGUCAGUCUGCUGACCCUGUCCCAUCACUCAGAGGGUCUGUUCCAUAGAGCCAUCAUCCAAAGCGGUUCAGCACUCUCCAGCUGGGCUGUCAACUACCACCCAGUCAAGUACACUCGCAUGCUCGCUGAGAGAGUUGGCUGCAACGUGUUGGACACGGUGGACAUGGUGUCCUGCCUACAAAAGAAGAGCGCCAAGGAGCUCGUAGAGCAAGACAUCCAGGCCGACCGCUACCGAGUGGCUUUCGGCCCCGUCAUCGACGGUGACGUGAUCCCAGAUGAUCCUGAGAUCCUGAUGGAGCAGGGGGAGUUCCUAAAUUACGACAUCAUGCUGGGUGUGAAUCAGGGAGAGGGGCUUCGCUUCGUGGAGAGCGUGAUGGACCUGGAGGACGGCGUCUCCGGAAGCGACUUUGACUUCGCCGUGGCGAAUUUCGUGGAUAGCUUGUAUGGUUACCCAGAGGGUAAGGACACCCUGAGGGAGACAAUUAAAUUUAUGUACACAGACUGGGCUGACAAGGACAACCCAGAGACCAGGAGGAAGACCCUUGUGGCCCUCUUCACUGACCAUCAGUGGGUGGAGCCAUCAGUGGUGACAGCUGACCUGCAUGCCCGCUACGGCUCACCUACAUACUUCUACGCCUUCUAUCACCACUGCCAGAGCCUCAUGAAGCCGGUGUGGUCCGAUUCAGCGCACGGAGAUGAGGUGCCUUAUGUAUUCGGCAUCCCAAUGGUGGGCCCCACUGAUCUGUUCCCCUGCAACUUCUCCAGGAAUGACAUCAUGCUCAGCGCCGUGGUUAUGACGUACUGGACCAACUUUGCAAAGAGCGGGGAUCCUAACAAGCCAGUCCCACAGGACACCAAGUUCAUCCAUACCAAGGCCAACCGCUUUGAGGAGGUGGCCUGGUCCAAGUAUGACCCCUACGACCAGCUCUAUCUGCACAUCGGCCUGAAGCCUCGGAUCCGUGACCACUAUCGAGCCACGAAAGUAGCUUUCUGGAAACACCUGGUCCCCCAUCUCUACAACAUUCACGAUGUUUUCCACUACUCAUCGACCACCACCAAAGUCACCCCCCUGGACCCCACCCAGUCCAACGGCAAGAGGUCUGGCAGCACAGGCCGGCCUCCCAUGUCCACUUCCCACAGUGACGGGGAGGGCGGGAGAGAGAUGGGUCCUCUGAUUAUGCCCAACCCCAGAGAUUACUCCACGGAGCUCAGCGUCACCAUCGCCGUGGGAGCAUCGCUGCUCUUCCUCAACGUCUUGGCCUUCGCCGCCCUGUACUACCGCAAGGACAAGCGCAGUCGCCAGGAGACUUCACAGCAGCCCAGUCCACAACGCGAUAGCAAAGGCAACAAUGCGAGCCAUGCCAACACAGUGGACGAGACCCUGUCGUCUCAGCAAAGGAGCCCGUGUGAAGCGCUUCACAAUCCUCUCCACGCCUCACCCAGCUACUCUCUGAGCCAGCGCCGCUCGCCUGACGACAUCCCUCUGAUGACGCCCAACAACAUCACCAUGAUCCCCAACUCCCUGAUGGGUCUGUCCAACAUGAGUCCGUACAGCACCUUCCCCGCCGGCUACAGCUCCACAGGCUUGCCCAGCACCCACUCUACCACUCGGGUAUAGCCUGUUGACAGAACACCAAACAUGAGCAUUCAAAGCUGUAUUUAGAAUGUGAACGUAAAUUAGGAUCGAGUAUGUUUGUCUUUUCCAAAGGUGUGACACCGCAAACAUCCUGCCUUUGCUCUUUCAUAGUAGGAAGUCUUACCUGCAGUCAUUUUAUAAUAAUCAUUGUCAAAGGCAGUUUAAAAGAAAACAAGUGCAUUUCAUUUUCCACUUUCUGGAUACUUGCCUAGCAGGAACUUAGUAUAAUGUUUAUACAGUGGGAUUUGUAUGGGAAGCUUUUUUCUUACUCUGUAAUAUCUAUUUUGCUCUCGCAGAACAAAGUGACACUACGACUCAUGACGGCUAGAGAGGAAAAACAGAGAAGCAUUACUACCGUUGCUAUUAUCCAGCUAUUUUAUACACAUUUCUCAUGUCAUAUUGCUUAUUAUGAAAAAAAAGUAUUUUUACUCUUAAUUACUUUCCAAACGCCUUGUACAUCUCUUUAACACUAAAUUACUGUGGAAGCAUAGCUGCAGUGGAUGAUGAAUGAAACACACCAUGAAAUCUAUGGAGGACCUAGAGAGACACGGAAAAAGAAAUACUACCAUUUAGAAUCAAAAAUUUAAAUAAUUUCAUUAAAAAUCCAGUUGAAAAGCAUUUUGUAUUUGCACAUUUUAAGUUGUAUUAUUAAAGAGGAAUUGCAAAUUGUAUUUAUCGAUCAUUAAUAAGUAAUGCAAUUUAAACAUGUGUUUUUUCGUUCAUAUUUCUAGAUAAAGAUUUAUAAGCUUUUACUGAUAAUGAGCUGUAGCUAAACUAUUUUGUGAGUUGCUUCUGCACUGCUUAUAUGGUUUAACAAAAAUGUUAAUCGGAUGCAACUAAACCAUUAAUAAAUUAAAACUAGCCUGUUUAUCAGCUUUAUGUAAACUGUUGAAAGGCUGUAAUUGUUGGGUUACAAAAAUAAAAGGAGAGGAUGACGUAAAAAGAAAAUACAAACACAAGAAGGAUUUGAAAAUGAGAGGUGAAAAGAAAAAAGGGAAACAUAAAUUGCCUUUAAAAUGUUUAAUGAGGAAAGCUACUUGUAAUUAGAUGUAUGUUUUUAAAUCUUUACUUGGAUAUAAGAUUUUAAAAUAUGUCUUCAAUUUUCAGUGUUAAUGGAUUCAUAAAUAUAAUCUAAAAUUCCUAUUUAAAAUGUAAUUGAAAAUGUACAGUAAUCAAAUGGUUUUAAACUGGAUUUCUAAUUGUGCGAUUUAAAUAUUACAUUUGAAACGCUUGUAUUUCUUUUUCAACCUCUCCCCUGGCCCUCCAUAGAAAAUAUUCAACUUUGCCUAAAUGUUCCCAUCAGGCGGUGCAAAUCUGGCACCUGCGUGUAUGUAUGUGUGUGUUUGUUUGGGUGUGAGAGUGCGUGGAUGUACUGAAAUCUGUGCAACAGAAAUGUAAAUUAGGCAUCGUUUAGAAAUUAACCUCUUGGUUUUGCAUAUGUAGUGUUGUGUAGUUUAUUGUAGUCCACUUGAGUAUCCUUGUUUUGGCUCUGUGUGGUUUUUUGUUUCCUUUUGGCGAAAUACGCUAAAGGGAUAUAACUUCUGCUUCACUAUAAACAAAAUAUUGCUUAUAAGAUGUGUUUUCCUACUCUAACUAACUCAUGGUUUUGGCUCGGAUUGUUUGUACAGAAUAAACUUAGACUGAUGUUUGAUUUGUUGUUUGUUUAUGAAUACUGUAAGCCCCUCAGAGAGAAGACUGUAAUUACUUUCUAGCUGUAUAUAAACCACUUCAGUUAUUCAUCAUUUGAAAAGAGAAGAGAAGAAAAGAAAAAGGGAGCUUUAUGACUUUAUGGUAGACUUUGCUCCUUUUCCAAGUGGUCUGGACCCUUUUCUAAGUAAAUCAAAGGGAUUUUCCAACACUGACUGGACAUGAUGAACCUGGAGAACUGAGCCUUGAUUUCUUUAAACCUAUCAUAACAUUGUUUAACCUAAACCAGACAAGUAUUAAAAGAUUUUUGAAACUAAA